AUGAUCCCCCAUUCUUCCGGUCAACCAUGGGGCCCUUCGCUGCGAACAGUCAAUGGCCAUGGGCGGGGAGAUAAUGCGAUGGGCUAUGAACAUCUGGACAGAGCUAUGCAGCAACCGGUCCGCCCAACCGUCGACCUGACCGCAGGCGGUCCAGAGUCGCAAGAUCGAGAACCACCCCCCAAACGACCGAGAUUGGAGGUGCCCGGGGGAGCAACCGCGACGAAUACCGGGGGGACCGUCAAUCCAGAGGCAAGGAGUACUCCGGCGAGCGCAACGUCGCGACCGACAGUGUCCUGGCGCGGCCGGCCGCUCUGGUCCUUUCAAGCGGUCGUGUCGGAAAUUCCGAACAGCGAGAACCGAGGUGAUGGAGCUGGCUCGAAGCCUUUGUCGCCGCCGCCGUUACCGGCUCAGCCUUGGAGGACCCCCGCUAUCGAGCCCCCGGCUACCAACGUCGUGAAGUCGAGGGAAAGCUCCCCCGUCGGCGCUGUACAGACGACCCCAUAUUGCAUUGAAACUCCAUCUGCUGCUCCGCUAUACCACAACGAAAAACCCGCCGAUUUCACCCCAUGGACCGGGGACCAUCCCGAGGACAUUCUCAAUGAACAAACCGCGAAACAAGGAUAUUACGACCGGACACAAGUUUCCCAGAAUGAAUCGAAUACCGCUAGACCGGCUCUAUACGCGCAGUUAAAACACCGGACGGGUUUGCAGAUGCUCUCGUCGGUCUUUGCCGCGGCAUUGGAGAAACGGCAGAAAUACAACACCUCCAGCAAAGAAUCGCGUUAUAAACCGCCUCCCCGAGUCACCCUCACAGAUGGCAAGCGCGAAGUCUGGCUUCGCGAACUCGCCAACCCUACCGUUCCUUUACGAAGGCUAAGCCGAAGUGUUCCCUACGGUAUUCGCGGUAGGCUUCUUCUAGACCAUUGUAUCGCUAAAUGGAUUCCUGUUGCACGCGCUGUGUGGCUCGCAAAAUGUGUCGGAGUGAAUGAGAUUCGCGCCAUCAAGCGCAAAGGUAUGACCGGUGCACUGGCGGUCGGCUUGGAGGCGAAAUGGGUACGCGAGUGGACGACAAAUGUUCAGCAGUUUGUCGAGGGUAUAUUCAACGCUCCGAAGUCCUCGGACUGGAAGGCUAAGAUGACUUACGCUGUCGGAUUUACGGCUCGUUUGUUCUUCGAAAAUCUGCUUGAUCACGAUCACUUCCUUGAGUGGUUUUUGACUUCAUUUGAAACCGCCUCACUCAGUAAAAUUCCCGUCUGGCUGCUGAUGCUUGGUGUUUAUUGGAAGAGUAUAUUGCGAUAUCGACGGAGAGGGCGACGCUUGGCCGAACUAUUGCUCGAAAAGCUGCGUCAGGCAACUGAAGCAAAACUUGCUCCACUUCAACCUCUCAUCGAUCGACUUGGUCACUUCAUUCAACGUCUCGUCCGUGAUCAUACGUCCUCAAUGAUCCUCCCAAACACUUGGGAGACGUACAAACACCUUGUGGCGUCAGUGCUUGACCUGGACAAUACCUGUCAAAAGGCCCUGUUUCAAAACCUCGCUGAACGCAAUGCGCGUGUGCAGCGGCCAAAUAAUUCCAAGCAAACCAACAACCGCUCCCCGCAUCAACACAUCAUUCGACUCUUCGAUUCCAUUCACUCUGCUCACGACAUCUCCUCGAUCUCCUCAAACUUCGAUACGUUUGAAGACAAGGCUGUCUUAGUCUCCAAGCUGCUUGAAUGGCUGUCCACACCCUUCCGUCACGGCUUAUGCCGCGUUUACGUCGGUGCUCGUCUCCUUCGGAGAUGGAAAUUAAACGGCGUGGACAUAGAUAGUCACAUACUCUCCUUUCUCUCCCGUCGAGAGAACAAUCAAAAGCUGAAUAUGGACCAGAUAUACCAUGUUAUCUCCGAGCUUGUCAGGUCACAGACAUUCUCAGUUGGUCGCUAUCUUCAAUGGCUUAUGGCGAAAGGUGUAAUUAAUAGCCCUUCAACAGAAGAUCAUGAUAUGAAGGAUUUACCAAUCGACAUUGGACUGAUAGCACAACUUCCUGUUGGUCGUCUGCCGGAGCAUGUUGCAAAUUUGCGAAACACUUUGCUAACACGCACCGGGCUAUCUGUUUCUGCAGAGCCUGCUGUAAUUGACAACGUGAAAGACAUCAUCAGCCAGCGUCUGCCGGGAAUUUUUGGGGACAUUGCACAUACGACAAUGAGCCUUGAUUCAUUGCCGCCAAGCCUGACAUGGGCUGUCAAGGCGGAAAUUGGUCAGUGGCUACGCCGUGCCAUUGCUCAGCACAAUCGCAAAAUACCAGAAUCGACCACUGGAGCGUUUGCUGUUGGUAUCCUUCCGAUGGUAUCUGCGCUGACUCCAUCCGAGUUCUAUACCGUCCGCGACAUUUUAGAAUCAUUUGGAGAUAUUUCAAUGCUAGCCGAUGUAUUGAACUUUGCAUCGAGUUGCACGGAUGGCACCGUUCUUGCAUCGGUAGCAGAUACCACGAAUUGCCAUUUCGACUCGCUUUGCGUGAUUGGUGCUACUACAGAUCUAUUCCGGCGACUGAUUGAUGCCUACGCGGGCAUCAAGAAGUUUGGCAUGCCAAGCCUUGAUUUGAUAUUCUCUUUGAUCGAACUUGGCUUGCGCAUCCCGAGCGAGCUAAAUACUGUUGCCAUCCUUCGGCAGGAUCUCUCCCGCAUGGAAAACAAGUCGAUCGUGACUGCGUACUCUCCCGUUUCCGACCACAUCCCCGUCAAUCUUGGUGGUACUGAUCCCCUGCUUCGAGAGAAGUUGGAUCAAAUUCUAUUGACAGGAAGUGUCAUGGAUGAGCCCACGUUGGACACGAUAUUCAGCGCAUUGACAAAACAUCUGGAGAGCGAGGAGGGUCAUUCAAACCUAUCAGCCAAUGACACAUGCCGUUACCUGGCACAGCUGAGGUCUUUCCAUCCAAAGCACUUCGAUGUCAUUCUCGCCCGCUGGGUCUGUGGACAUUUGCGAUCACCUGACCGUACAACUUUGCUGCGGAUUCUGCCGCCGCUCAUUGGUGUCGGAUGCGUUACUAUUCGAGCAUUCCUAGCUCUUGCGAAGAGGCUCACACUAUCUACGCCUACAACAAUCCCCAAUACAGCUCGCCUACCAGCAGAUCUUUUGCAGCUUCUCCUGCCUUCCCCCGAAGAGAGCAGACUGUUUGAUCUGGUCUCUUAUCGGUUCCAGCUCGCACAACAGGAAUUCCUCAACAAACAUACUGAAGAAGCACUCAAAAUUGUUUGCGAUGUGGCGGCUUCAGCCGAUACAGUCGAUGCUGCGGCCAAGUACCAUGAUUUGGAGCAAUCGAUGGUCAUGCUACUGCGUGAUCUUCUUGUGAGAAAGCCCGAGUGCGUUUCGCAGAAGUGCAUGCAAAAGCUUGCUGAGCAGUACCCAGCCGCUUUGACCAUUGUUCAGAAAUCCCUCGGUCUCCUUUUGAGUCUUGAUUCAAACUCAGAUCAGAAAUCUGGUUUUGCCGAGAUAGAAAAGUUGGCGAGUAUGACUGACGACUUUUCGCUUCCAUUUUGCCAACUGAAGCUGCAAGUCCUGUUCCACGCUGAUUCGGGUACUGAAGAUCGCAACAGUAUUGUCGAUGCCAUGUUCAAGACGGCUGUGGCAGAUUGCCGCGCCCGCAGGGUUCAUUGGGUUGAUCUCGUUGCACUGAUGAGCCCCGAUGCAGUUCGACAGAUUCGCGAGCGCGCGGAAAAGCACUUCUUCUCUGUUCCACUAUUGGAAGACUUGGACGAUGAUACAUCGGACCAGCCCAACACGCCGGGUCCUCUAGAAACAGCCAAACUCUAUCUCACCAUCAUCGAAGAACUCGCAGGCAGCGUUCCGGAAUCCGGAACCUCAUCUAUCGGCUCAGUCCUGGUGGAAAAGAUGGACGCACUCCUGCACAAGAUCAUCACAACGCACAGUACCCUUUCCAACGCCCAGGGCAAAGCCAACCAAAUCCGCACAAAAUUCGAACGCGGUCUCGCAUUUUGGUUCUCUGCGCUGCUUCGCAUGGUUGUAAUCCACCGUUCUGCCUUCAUCCACCAACCUCAAACACUCAAGCCUAAUCCUCCCCACAAUCAGCUGCGCCUCCUAAUCUCUAUAUUCUGCAUCGCCCUUUCUCGCCUCCCUGGAAAUGUCCUCCGCCUAUUCCCAGCGGCGGAUUACUUCCCCCACCCAACACCCUUGCCAGAAGAAUAUCGGCCCUGCCCAGGAAUCCUCCUCCAGACUCACGCUCUCGACGUCGCAGCCUCUCUCAUUGACAUCUUCCCCGAUGAGGUCCGCUUCCGGUGCGCCCGCUUCCUGAAAGAGAAAUGUCCCUCAUUCGUGCCAUUCCAAAAUGAUUCUCGUUUCCUGUAUCUCCUCGGCCCAACGCCAGAUCAGACCUCGGCCAAUUCACAACAAGUUUCGGCUCCAUCACCGGCGGCAUCCACAUCGACGCCUACCUCUACGCCUGCGCCUCUGCCUGCUGUUGCUGCAUCUGUUGCGCAGCAGUCUACCCUGUCGGCGUCUAGUGCGUAUGCCGAAGAUACGAAUUGCAUUGCGAGCCGGUUGCGUCUUCAAUAUCGCGGCACAGUCGUGGGUUCUUGUCCCGUGAUCCCCUGGGAGGUACUUGAGGAUGCGGCGCCGUUCGUGAACCCCAAUGACACGGCCAUCCACUUGGCCUACUUCGAUGCUAGGCGAGUGAGGGCUUGA